UGUUGUGUGUGUGUGUGUGUGAGAGAGUGAGUGAGUGAGUGUGUGUGUGUGUGUGUGUAGGGGGACUCGACUUGCUGUUGUCAGUGACUUCCCCGUCCCCUCCACCCCCUCCCCUCCCCGCCGCCGCUGCAGUGGCCGUUCCCUGGGCCAUAGGAAAUGAGUGAUAAUGAUGACAUCGAAGUGGAGAGCGAUGCUGACAAACGGGCUCAUCAUAAUGCACUGGAACGAAAACGUAGGGACCACAUCAAGGAUAGCUUUCACAGUUUGCGGGACUCGGUCCCAUCACUCCAAGGAGAGAAGGCAUACCGGGCUCAAAUCCUAGACAAAGCCACAGAGUAUAUCCAGUAUAUGAGAAGGAAAAACCACACACACCAGCAGGACAUUGAUGACCUCAAGCAGCAGAACGCUCUUCUGAAGCAGCAAGUCCAUGCACUGGAGAAGGCGAGGUCAAGUGCCCAACUGCAGACCAACUACCCCUCCUCAGACAACAGCCUCUACACCAACACCAAGGGCAGCACCAUCUCUGCCUUCGAUGGGGGCUCGGAUUCCAGCUUGGAGUCAGAGCCGGAAGAGCCCCAGAGUCAGAAGAAGCUUCGGAUGGAGGCCAGCUAAGCGCCCAGGGCUGGCCAGCAAUAAGAACUGUCUCCACAUCCAUCCCCUCAGUUCAUCUGUAGACCCCUCACAGCCAUUUAAGAGACUCUUUUUUUCUCUUUCUCCUUUUAAAAAAUUUUUAUUUUUACGUAGACACUCUUGGACAGCAGCUCUCGUCCUCCUUCCCCACAUCCGCUAUUUUUUUUAACGUAGUCCCUUCAGGGAUUCCCUGUCCCCACCAGGAAUUUUUAAACCAAAACACCCCAACUUGGCAACUUUUUCUGUGGAGGACAGAUGGCUGUCCGGACCUCUGAGCACAUGGAGUCCUGCCCUGCCACCAGCGCCUCCAACCCAGCCGUGCACGUGCCUGGAGGAUACUUGCCCCGCCCGGGCCACCCUGACCGCCCUCACCUCUGUUUGAUAGACUCUGAAUCUGGGAACUUCUCCCCUGGAGACGAUGGCUGGUUUGGGGUAAUCAGAAUGGCGCCUCCUCCUUUUUAAGGACUUUUCUUCUUUUUCUAAAAAGCUAGUUAUCGCUCCUAUUGAAAGACCAGAUCCUUAAAGUGUGUGGUGUGAAGGAAGUAGGAGCAGGUGUGCAGCGCAGUCUCCAGCCCAUCCACUUCUGCCCCUCUCGGGCCGCCGCUUGACCGGCUGUGCCCGCCUAGCAAAGAGCGCAGGCAGGAAAGGCAGCGCGGGUGAGGUGCAGCUGCCCCUGAGUGCUCAGGUGGGGUGGGACCAGGAGGUGUGUUGGGUGGGCGGAGGUUUUGUAUGGAGGGCCAGUGAUGAUGUUUUGGUAUUUAUUUCCUGCUACUGAAAUUUGAAUCUGAGUGAAGUGUCCCUAUUUCUGAUGACAUUGGUAUUGCAAAGCGACAGAUUCCUAAAGUGAUGAUCAGUUCUUUCUCGCCGAGUGUCUUUCUAAGAAAUAGAGCCAACUGAUUUUGUAUGUAAAUACCAAGAACGAUUUACCUGGUACUAAAACCGCACCCCAGUGCGGCCCCUUCCUGUCCUCGCCCUCCUCCCUCCUGUCCUGGAACCUGUCUCCAUCUGUGAUCCAGCCCUGGUUCUGGCUGAGGUCAAGAUCCCAGUGGAGGGUUUUGUGUGUUUAGGCCUCAUUUAUUUGUCUUUUUCCCACUCUGUUCCUGGCAUUUGCUGAUUUCUAGUGUAUACUCUGUAGUCUUAGUCUGUGUUUGAUUCCAUUCCAUGGAAAUAAAAAGUAUGUUGUACAUACUGCCGAAGAAUUGUCUUGCAAGUUAAGGCUUCCCCUUUACUAUAACACUAUAAAUAAAUACUUAUUUUAUCCUUAAA